UGACAAUGGGCUGAAAUACAUUAAAUUGUAAAACUCUCAUCAUUUUUAUAAAAGAGAGGAAAUAAGUCAUGGCAACAGUAGAAGAAAAGAAACGAGUUGGUGGCUCAAAAGUUUCAGCCAUUGCAAAUAUCUUCCAGUCAAAACCACAAUUGGAUAAUCUAAGUCAUAGGACAAAUAAUAUUCUAUCAGAUGGUUUCAAGGAACCAGCUGUGCCUUUAAAAGAAUCUCCAACACAAGUUACAGUUGUGAGAACUGAAAGUCAUGUAGCUCGAUUUAAUAAUGCACGUGCACUUUUUGAAAAACUUGGAGAAGAAAAUAAACCAAAUAAACCGGUGGAUAGGAUUACAAAGCCUAGUAAUUUGCAUGGCUUAAGAUCACGUUCUAGCUCUGCAAAUUCUGGAUCAGGUUGUACAUCUCCAGCUAGAUCACCACGUCCUAGAUCACCAUCACCUCCAGGAACCAGAGAUCACUUGAGCAAUUGGAGUGCAAGUGUACCAACCUUAAAUGCUGAAAGACAUUUUGAAAAUGGUCACAAUCAUGGUUUAGAUAAUAUAUCAGAUAAACAUAAAUCACGAACAGGAUUAGGGAAAUUUGACAAAAAUUAUGGCAAAGAAAAUCGUUUGGAUGAUCGACCGGAGAAACCAGAAAAACCAGAAAGAAGAUUGAACUCAAAAGAAUUAAUUGAAAAGCAAAAAAAUUGGACUAGUCAUUUUUCAAAAACAAGACCAAGUAGAUACAAUUCAGACCCAAAUAGAUCUUUAGUUCAAAGUUCAUUAAAUCAGAGUGCAAAUAAAGUAAAUGUUGAAACCGCUUCUGUAGGACAUUUACAAAAUACUACAAAUACUGAUAAUGAAACAAAAAGAUCAGCAGAUAUUUCUGCUAAUCCAGCCACAAGAUCUGCAAGCUUUUGUUCUGUUAGAUCAUCAGUUAUAUCUCCACCUCCACCACCACCACCAACAAGAAAUUCUUCUACUUCAAAUACAAAAAAGGAAAGACCAGCUAGUAUAGCAGCAGUAUCUCCUCCAGAUAUUCCUAGCAGUCCAGAAUAUGCUACCAUAAAUAAAUAUUUUGAUACUUCAUCAACAAUACCUGAAUAUGCAGUUGUACAAAAAAGUACAAAUAUACAAAAUAAAAAUUUCCAAAAAAAUCAAGAACAACGAGAAAUUUCAAAAAAUGUUUCCAGUCCUAUGUUAGAAAAGACGCAAGAUGUGUCCAUGCCAGAAUAUGCAGUAGUGCAGAAAAAUACUACAGCAAAAAUACAUUGCCGAAAUGCUGAUACAUCAAAAAAUAGUUCAACACAUCAUUCAAAAAAUAUUAACAAUGCUGAAAGUAGUUUAUGUCUUAAAAGUACUUUUGCAAGUUCAAGUAUUGAUAUUUAUUCACAAACAAAAUCACAUAUUUCCUCCUGUGAAAAAAAUUCUGACAUAUCUAGUCCAAUACGAAGUAUGUCUAUAGAGAAUAUUAUUAGUAUGACUGUAGAAAGUAAAACAAAAAAAGAUAGCGAUUUACUUGAUGCUCCUGAAUAUCUAAACUAUCCUUCAAACGUUAUACGUUCACCACCUAAAACAUCUGAGUGGAGAAAUGAAUGGUUAGCCAAAAAUGAUGAAAUUUUAAAGAAAGCUACAGAUUUAAAAUGUGCCAGAGAAGAAAUGGAAAUUAAAAGCGAAGUGAUAAGAUCUGAUCCACGACCAGAUUGGGCGAGACCAUGUAUAAAUACAAUGAGAAAAAAAGAUAGUUUAUUAGAAGAAAAAAAAGUGGAACCGUCAAAAUCUCCGGAUCCGGAAUUGAGACCACCUUCUGGAGGUACGGAUAGUGCAUCUUCUAGUAUGAGCUCCCCUAGCUCUCCUUCUAAGGAUAGUAAAGAAGAGAAGGCAGAUAAGGAAAUGUCAGAAAAGUUUCAAACUGGUCGUAACAGUUAUGAUUUACAACAUGAAGAACAAGAAAAACCUGCAGCAUAUAUGGAAUCUAUUGCUGAAAAGGAUAGUUUAGAAAAAAAUUCAAAAUUCAAUGAAUCAGAUACUACUACAGUUAUUCGACGAUCUCAUGUACGUGUUGAUCUUCAAGCUGCUGGUCUGGGACCACGACCACCAUCUGUUGUCAGCUCAGAUCAAGAAUACCCACCUUUAGAACAUAAGGAUAUACCAAUACCUUCGCCAUAUGUAAAGAAAAUACAACAAAAUCAAGAAAUUUCUUCUCAAAACAAUGAAAUUAAAUCACAAGUAAAAAUAAAUAUAGAAGAAAAUACAUUAAUAAAAAUUGAUUCAGCAAAAAGUUGCCAUAAUAAAAUAUCUCAAGAAAGUAACCAAGAUCAUGUACGAAUAAAUUCAAUGAAUACAGAAGAAAAUCAAAAUAUAAUUUUAGAUAAUAAGUCAAAAUCAAAUAUUAACAAUGAAAAACAUACAUUUUCUGAAACUGUAUGUCAAAAAACUGUAUCCAAUGCCAAAAAUGAUCAAAUUAAAAUCUCUGUACGUGAAAAGCUAGCAAAAAAUAAAGAAGAAGUCUCCGGAAAACGUUCAAGUUUUGCUGAAAUAGAUAAUAAAGUAGAUCAAACAGAAAAAGUUAGUUUAAAUACAAGUCAAUGUUCAAUAGUUUCAAAUGUUCAUAAUACUGAGAAUUCAUCUGAAAAAUUGAAUGACAAAGAAACUGAAUUAAAUGAUGUUUCAUUACACUCAGAAAAUAUAUCUAAAUUUAUAUCAAAAACAAAUAAUAAGAAGGAAUUUAUAACAUUAGCAGGUGAUGCAGUAUCAUCACCUAAAUCCAAUUCUCAAACAAUAAGUAAUAUUCUAAAUAAAAGUACAGAAGAAUUAAAUCAACCACAAACAACAUGGGAGCAAGAAAAACAAAAAGCUGAACUGGCAAAAUUGAGAUUACAGGAAAAUACUUUUACAAAUACAAUUCAACAAGUUAAUAUGUCUCAAAAUGUAUCACCUGCUAUUGUAACUUUGCAUCAUACAGAAAAGAAACAAUUAAACGAACAUAUUAUAUCUGAAAGUAGUAUUCAUGAUGAUAGUGAUUCUAGUGAUACUAAAACUAUUACAAAUCUGGAGCAUAUAUCAGCAAUAGAUGCAAAAAAUACCAUGGAACAUAUUAAUUCUAAAACUGUUAUAGAAAAUUUUUCUAAAGCUACUACAAAUCAAACAAUUCCUGUAACACCAGACACUAUGACAGCUGAUGAAGCAGAAAAUUUGUUAAGUUCACGCAUCCUAGAGAAAAAAAUAAGACAAGGAUCAGCUUUAUUAUCAGACGAAGAAGCUCAAGAAAUAGCAAGAUUAUUAUCACCUACUACACAUGCUGAAGUUGUAAGUGAAGAAUCUAUUGAUAAAAAUAAAGAAAUUGAUAAAGAGAGGGAAAAGGAUGAUCAAGAUAACACACCAGAUUGGCUUUCUGAUGUCUUGUCUGCUCCUGAUACCAGUCUUAUUAAUAGCACCACUAAUGAUUAUAGUUUGUCUCAUAGAUCACGUAGCGAUUUAACGAUAGACUCGUUAACAGAGAGUCAAGUGGGUUCUGUAACAGGUAGUGAAAGUGGUUUACUUGGAUCUGUUAAUAGUUUGAAUGAUACUUACGAAAUUAACGAUGAUACAGAAACAGAACAUCAAGACGAAUACGUUCCUCCAACACCAGGCAAAGUUAUAUUGGUUGAAAAUGGUGUACAUUAUUUUGAAGAUGGUCAUUUUUGGAUGGAAGUUGCAGGAAUACCAGAAUCAGACGAUGAGAAAGAUGAUUAUCCAACAAAUAUACCCAUUAAAAAAAUGUCUAAAGUUUCAUUUGAUACGAAACCAAUGAGAGUUUAUUCAACACAUUCAGUAAAUGAAUACGAUCGACGAAAUGAAGAUGUAGAUCCUGUUGCUGCUAGUGCAGAAUAUGAACUUGAGAAACGAGUUGAAAAAAUGGAGGUAUUUCCAGUAGAGCUUAUGAAAGGUCCAGAAGGUCUUGGUUUAAGUAUUAUUGGAAUGGGUGUUGGUGCAGAUGCAGGGCUAGAAAAAUUAGGUAUAUUUGUUAAAACAAUCACAGAAAAAGGAGCAGCUGCACGAGAAGGCAGAAUACAAGUAAACGAUCAAAUCGUUGAAGUGGAUGGUAAAUCUCUAGUUGGAGUCACACAAGCAUAUGCAGCUAGUGUUCUUCGUAAUACUUCAGGACUCGUACGUUUUGUAAUUGGUAGAGAACGUGAUCCAAAUUCAGAAGUGGCUAUGCUAAUUCGACAAAGUCUUCAAGCAGAUAAAGAAAGAGAACAAGCUAACUCUGCUAGAAAACUUAAUUUCUCGGAUGCUUCACCUGAUAGUCAACGAGGCAGUGAAGAUAUUUCUGUUGGAGGUAUGGGAGGAAUACCAGGUUCUCCAGCUAUGUCAUCGUGUUCGGAAGGGGAACCUCCUCAAAGUCCUAUAGAAAAUUAUUUACCUUCUGGUCGCAGUAGAUCUCCUAUCCUCAGUUCAUCAAUGCCACCACAUACAUCUGCGACAACGCAAAGUGAUGUCGACAGUUUAAGAUUGCUUUUACAAGAGAGUCAGUAUAAACUAGCAUUAGCAGAUGGAGAGGUGGAAAAACUCAAAGCUAAGCUUGUAGACUUAGAAAACAGUGGAGCUGGAAGCGAAGAAUAUGCAGCAAAAUUGCGCGAAUCUGGUUUACGACUUCACGAAUCUGAAAGAGCUUUAGGCACUGCUAGACAAGAUUUAGUAACGGCACGAGAAAUGCUCUCUCAAGCAACAGCACAAAAUGCUGCUUUACAACAAAAAUAUGCUCGAGCCAGAAGAGCAGCUCGUGAAUUACGCACAGAUAUCGCUGCUAGAGAUGAAUUUUAUCAACAAUUAUUACAGGAGAAAGAUACAGAAUAUAAUGCUCUUGUUAAAAGUUUAAAAGAUAGGGUAAUUACAUUGGAAGUAGAACUAACAGAAACACAACGGAGAUUUGGAUUACCAGUAAGAUUGCCUUAUGAUGGAACUACGGCUAGAAUUGUUACACCACAGUUGUCGCGCCGACAAUUACCUCCCCCUCCUUCAUCAACUAGUUGUCAACUUUCAGAUACAGAAACAGAUCUUAGUAGUCCAGAUGAUGGUGAUAAAACAGCAACAGUUGAAAGAAAAUUACCGCUUCCAUUGCCAGUCAAGGAAGAAUUAGAUCGAGCAGUACCUGCACAUCGACUACUUGACAAUUCGGCUGGAAAAAGUAAAGCUGAACUUGCCAGUAGAGGAGGACUCGCAAAUCGACAACUUCCUAAACGAUCUGGCGGUCUUAGUAAUAGUAGUUCUGAUUAUGGUUUGGAUGAAUCAGGUGAUAAUACUGAUGAGGAUUCAUCUUCUAAAUUACUUUCACAGGACACAAGUAGCAGAUCACCAAACGAUUUAACAUCAAAACAAUCAAAUUUGAGUUCCUAUUCUAGUAGUUCUUCAAUUAGUUCAUUGAAAAGUAAACAUAUGGAACCUACGCAUCCGACAACAAUUCGACAACAUAGUACUAUUAGUUCACAAGUUAGAGCUAUGACAGAACAAAGUUGGCCACAAUCUCAAAAAAAUUUAACUGGACCACCAGCAUCAUUUGCAGAACAGUUAAAACAAGUUUUAGCAGAAAGAGAAAGACGGCUUGGUGGAAAUGACAUAUCUUCAUCGAGAGAAAGUUCUGGAGACUUUAGUGAUUUAAAUAAUCCACAUUCUAGUGAUCCAACUUUAGUUACCCAUCAUUUAGUAGAAGAAAUACGACAAGCUGUAAAUGAAGCCAAUCAAAGAGUAAAAAAAGCCACUAUUCCUUCAUCAAAUUUAAUUGGUAAUACACCUUGGCAUCAUCCAGGUAGUUCACCAUCUAGUCUUUCUUCUGGUGGAUCAGUGAGUCCACCUGCUGUUGAUCCUAGUCCAUCUAAAACAGAUACGAGUGAAGUUUGGUUGCCUCCUCAUCCAAGUGAAUUUGGUUUAGGUGACAAAAAGUCUCACUUUUGGCAGAAUGCACCAGUUACUGAUUGGUCCAAAGAACAAGUUUGUCAGUGGUUAUCAGGAAUUGGUUUGGAACGUUAUGCAUCACGCUUUCUGGAAACUGGAAUUAAUGGUGGAAAUCUUUUAAGACUUGAAUCUCGUGAUCUCAAAGCUUUUGGUAUUUGUGGAGAAGAAAAAUCACAUUUGAAACGUAAAUUGAAAGAACUUAGAGCACAGGCAGACCGGGAACGCAAAGAGAGAAAAGAAAUAGAACGGAUGCGACGAAAAGCAGAAAAAGCAGCACGAAAAAAAUAGUUCGUGCGUAUAUUAAUGUACUUAUGUCCUUUAUAAAAUGCAAUAACUUUGCACAAAAAAUUGAUAACAUAUUCAAAUUUUGUAUAUGAUAUUCCAGUGAUGUUCAUAAUUUUCACUUCUUCCUUUAUUUAAUUAUCUAGUAAAUGUAAACACCCAGUCACAAUUUACUAAAUGUUUCCAAUUCGGAUUUGUUCUAUCCGAAAUUUUUAAAUUUGAUUAUUUAUAUUUAUAAGUUUUUGAACUUCAAAUUUUUGCAUUUAUUUAUAAUAUACAUAUUGCUUUACAUUCAUGUUGUUCUUAUAGUAUUUGUUAGUUAUUAUUUAUAAAAUAACAAUAAAUACAAUUCGAAGAAGAGAACAUGUAUGAAUGUAAAAGCAUACCUACUAUUUCAAAUGUAUGCAUGUGAUACGUAUGUAUAAAAUUCAAGCCAUUUAGAUAAAUUGUAAUAAAACUUCAAUUAUCGCUAACAUUUUUUUACAAUUGUAAGUAUACUUUUAUAGAGAUAUAAGUUUUAUGUUAUUAGAAUGUAUCAUUUCUGUAUUUAUUUUUACUAUUAACUAUGUAACAAUUUUUCAUAAUGAAUAAUAUAAAUAUUAGUAAAAUACAAUCCUAGUGCAUAACAAUUGUCAAGAAAAGUGAUUGUUCUUUGCUAUGUACAUCAUGAAAUAUCAACGAAUUUCUAAUUAUCAAUACAGUAUUUAAUACUGUAUCAAAUCAGUUUGUAGAUUAAUUGAAAAUAAUUUUAUUUGUUUAUAUUUUUUCUAUCUAAAUUUGUCAGUUUAUAUUUCAUGUAAUUAGCAAAUUAUCGCUUUUUAAAUCAAAAUCAAAUAAAGUAUUAAUGAAUUUUUAUUAUAUGAUUAUGAUACGAUUAUAUGAUAUGAUAUGAUUAUAAUUAUGUAUUAAAAUUUUUCUCUUUUAAUUGUUUAACAGUGUUUGUAAAAUUACUAUAUUAAUAUGUGAAUUAAGCAUUAGAAAUCCGCACAAAGUCCAUUUUGUUGUAUUGAUAAUUUUUAAUUUAUGUGAUGAAUUCUUUUUGUAUACUUCAGACAUUCCAUGCGAUAAUUUUUAAUUUUAUCUUUAUAUAUAUAUAUAUAAAUAAAAGAAUAUCACAAGUUCUUAUACUUUGGGCGAUAUCUCUAUGUAUGUUGUAUGAAUGUUGUAUGAAUAUCUUGCGUAUUAAGUAAUACAUGUUAAUAUUAAACCAAUGUCCUAACAAAAAUUCAUUCUAAAUAUUUGUUCACAUGAUUACGGGACUUGCUUGGGUACAACAUAGACAAACGUACUGCAUUGUACGUAUUCUUAUUUAUAAUAAUAUUAAGUUUUAUACAGUGUUAAGUACUUUGUUCUAUCUUUAUACUGUUCUUAAUGAACAAUAUAUAUUUUUUUUUUUAAAGAACAAUUUCUUUUAUAUAGAAUAAUUGAACAAAGUAUUUAUCAUUGAUACAUAUACUGUACAUAUUAUAUGAAUAUAUACAAUGAAUGAUUACUAUUACUGUAAUCUAUAAAAAAUGAUUAUGAUGUAAGGCGUGUAAGAGGCAUAACUAUAGUGUCAUAAUAUCUUUAUAGAAGAUAAUUUUUAAUUUCCUAUUUUAAGCGUUUAUCAAAAGUCCUCCAUUUUUUAAUAAUAUUAUGUAUCACAAUAUUUUGAAAGUAGUUAUUGUUAUUUUUGUUAUUAUGUACAACGAACUGUGGGAACUGAUCAAAAGUGUCAACAUAAUAUAACAUUCUUGCUUCUCAGGGUAAUCAUUAAUAUGUUUUUGAAAUAUAUGCGUGUUCAAUGAAUUUAAAAUUUUUAAGAAUUUGAACGUCCUGCAAUUCGUUUCUAAAUAAUUAUUGUGAUUUCGUAGGAGCAAAUGUUUGAUAAAAACCGACUGAUUUACAAUAAGUUUUUAUAGUUGAUUUUCAAGCAAUGGCUUGAGUAUGAUAUGAUAUGCCAUUUGUUCAAAAAUAAUUUUAGAACCAAAACUUGUACUUCUUUAUGGAGUUGCAUAAUAUUUAAAUGUUUUCAUACAUUUUCAAUGAUUUUAAAGUAUUGCUCACAAGAGAAAAAUUAUAGUUCCAUAGAUAAAGACACAGAAUGCAGAAUCAGUUGCAUAAAUGGCAGCUUUUUAAUAAUAUCUAUAAAAAGUAUUGUCAACAAAUACUCUUAAACGUUUUAAUUAAAAAUAAUUCAUACUAUA